AAUCGCUGAUCAGAAAUCAGCAGGCGUGCUCUUAAUUUACGGCCUCGCCACGGAAGAAGCGUCGCUCGGAAACAGAUUCAAAGUCAGUUUUACUGGCGAAUCGCCGGUGGCUUGUUAUUCCCGGUCACGAGACGGUACUUCCUGCGAGAACGAGGCCGAAAAGUAAACAGAAAUCGAGGUGGAAGCAUUUUUCCCCCCCGUGUAGCUUUGAAAUGUGCAAAUGUAGCUGGUCAGCAAGUGUCUCCUAGCGUUUGUCCCGUUCAAGAAAGCCAACCACGGCGGGCUGAGACGGACGGGAAGACACCGAGAGUCUGUUGGCCAGACAACAUGGAGACUGUGUGUUUCCGGCUACCGGGACACGGGGACACGACCCUGAAGCACAUGAACUCCCUCCGGUCCCGCCAACAUUUCUGCGACAUCACCAUCAUUGCCAGCAACAACCAGACCUUCAAAGGUCAUAAGGUCGUGCUGGCGGCCUGCUCGCCCUUCCUGAGGGAUCAGUUUCUCCUCAACCCCUCACCCAGGCUUCAGGUGUCGAUGCUGUACAGCUCCUCGGUCGUGUGCGACUUGCUGCAGUCGUGCUACACCGGCAUGCUGCAGUUCAGUCCUGAGGAGAUCGUCAACUACCUGACUGCUGCUAGCUACUUCCAGAUGGAGCACAUCGUGGAGCGCUGCAGAGCCGCGCUGGAGAGAUACGUGCAACUAAAGAACCCCAAUCUGCUGAAAAUGGCUGAGGAGGACGGUCAGGUCAGACCGGUUAUUCUCAGUGCCAACGUUCAUUCAGUUGCUUCACCUCUGACCACUCAGCCCUCCCCCAUCGAGCAGCACAGCCCUGCAGUCAUCACACUGGAGGAAGAAAACAGCGAAACAUCUGUUCAGCACGCCGGCGACAGCCCCGUGCUGGAUGAGCCCGACGCUAAGGUAAAUGCGAUGGGUGAGGAGGAUGAGAACCGGCCGGAGGACUACAGCGUUUACAGAGUGUACAUCCCAGAGGAAGAGCUGGCGAACCAAGACAGGGAGGCGGAAAAGGGAGACUCUGCCGAUGUUCCUCAGGAUCUGUGUUACCCAGAAACCAACAGGAUUUUCAUUGCAGGAGACGGCAGCGAAUGCGACUUGGACUCUGCUGAGGAUCUGAGUUUCGGGGGCCUCAGAGCGUUCAGGCGAAGACUGUCCGAGCCGAAAAUCAGCCGCGGCAGAGGGAGAGGCAGGGGAAGGGGAUUCAAGAAGCGAAAGUGGGGAUCAUCCCAAGAGAAAAGGUCGCCGACUUUAGCUCACCGUCAGGAUCUGUGGUACACCGCCGCUGCUGGACUGGGAGGGGGUUUUGCCCUGGACUUCAGCCAAGAGGAUCUGAAGACCGCAGCAAAUUAUUUCGUUGAUUUCCCCCGGUUGGACUUUGCUCUGGGCAGCGUUCACGGUGAAAAGGUCUCCCCCAUUAAUCAGUUCUCCCUGGAAGAGUCUGGCUCCGGCGAAGGGAGUUCAGGGUUGAACGCUGUUGGCACAAACGAAGGAGGGGACGAGUCCGUCGCCGUGGUGGGCUCCACUUCCAGCGUGACGGGGCCUGUAAUUUGCGAGCACUGUGGCCUCACUUUCCCCUCAGCACACUCCCUGGCCGUCCACUCCCGUUCCACCCACCUCCUGUACGUCUGCCCCUGCUGCGGGAAGCACUUCCACCACUCCAGCAACCUCACCCGACACAUGGCCGUGCACCGAGGGGCCGCCAAGGCCCACCAGUGCCCCCUGUGCUACAAGACGUUCACCCAGAAGUCCACGCUGAUAGACCACAUGAACCUCCACAGCGGGGAGCGGCCGCAUAGAUGCGCCUACUGUCAUGCCCGCUUCGCCCACAAGCCCGCCUUACGACGCCACCUGAAGGAGCAGCACGGGAAAACCACGGGGCAGAACUCCCUGCACGAGCAGGAGGAGCGGGCGAGAGAAACUGCAGUACGAGAGCCGGAGGAAGAACAGGAAUGCCUGGUUACUGAACAAACUGAGCAAGUGUCAUGAGCAAAAACAUAGACUUUCCCAUGUUCUGUUAAAUCCAAACUUCAGUGUAUUUUAUCACAGUUUUUUGUGAUGGGCCAACACAAGGUGGCAUACAAUUGUGAGGUAGGAGGGAAAAUUCCACUUUUUACAAAUAAAAAGAUGAAUUAUAUGGCAUGCAUUUGUAUUCUAGCAAGGGCUGGACAAUACAUCAAUAAUAAUAUAUAUCGUGAAAGACACGUGAUCGAUAUCAAUAAAUAAUACGUCUGAUAGAACAGUCAAUAAUUUUACUGAACUCAAAUCCAGAACCACAUGGCAUUCUGGGGGACGAAAAGAGGAAAUCUAAACCACCUAAGCUAGGUUGGCGACAUCAACUAACUCACUCACUGUUUGGUUACCUAGCAACAACCUGUUGCUAGGUAGCUUAAGAUUUCACCAGGUGCCUCAUAACUGCUUAAAAAUUAAAAACUGAGGUGUGGAAUGAAACUUUGGCUAAAAUAGGAAAGGCCAUGCCACCAGUUCAAACUACUCAAUAAUUAUUGAUAUAGACUGAUAUUAAACACAUGUCAUUAUAUGUCAGACAUAUCAGACGUUUUUCAGGCAUAUCGCCCGGAUCCGGUAGAAUUUCUACCAGCCAAUCAGAGAACAGAAGAAGUUGUGAACGAUGACGUCGAUUUUUGUGCGCUGUCUUGGUAGUCUGCUUGUAGUUUUAGCAAUGGCGGCGCUGGGUGUGAACGAAGCCGUUCAGUCCAUGUUGGCCGUGCUUCAAAAAUACUGAAUUCAUAUGAACAGCCGUUUUAUUCGGCUUUGCAAUUCUCUCUUUGCAGUGCAGGAUCAAACUAGGGCAUGACGUACGUCACGGCCAAACGUUGGCAUUGGGUAAAAUUUAAAACUUCAAGAGUCAAAGCGUAGAGAAAGGGAAACAUAGCACAUUUAUGUUAAUAUGUUUGUAUUAUUUCAAUUAGGGCUGGACUAUAUGGCCUAAAAUAAAUGUUAUUCUAUAUUAAGCCGUUCAUUAGCUGCUCAUCUUCUUCCUCAACCACCGCCACCAUUUCCACAUUUGAAAUUUCCUCCAUUUUUUUCAACCUCACCGUCUCUUUCGCUUCUUCUGGAUGGGGUGGAGUCACGUGACUACUGAAUGUACACGUAGCGCGGCGUCUUAAAGGAACACGAGCAUAGCUUACUAAAAAGACACGUUUUUUUAAAAAUACCGAUAUGUGCAAAAUGACGUCGGUCAUUGUCAUAAAUUUCGGUGUUAAUUUUUUGGUUUGUCACCUUAGCCAAUCGUUGUUAGAUGCUCACCGUCCAAUCUUACUGGGCUCGAACAAUUUUGCUAAGAAAAACGGGCAUAUUUCUUCUUUUAGUCAUUCAAAUAUAUAGACACACUUUUCAGAUUUCCAUUAAAACAUCCUGCUUUGUGUUGGUUUAUUACAUCAAAAUCUCCUAAAAUACACAGAGAUUUAUAGUUUUAACUUUAAUGUGAAAAUGGUUCAAGGGAAAUGAAUUGUGAAGCCUUCAUGCUCAUCAUUUUACGGCAGUUUGCUGGAUCUGCUUUUCAAAGGGUCAUGGUGACGUUACUGAUCUUAAAGUGCUAAAAAUAUUAAAAUGCCUUCAUAUGUUUACUGCCAAACCACGUGUCUAGUGUGAAGAUAAAUGGACAGUAAACAAGCAAUAUAAAUGGUCUUUUCUGGUUGUAGCUAGUAGCUGUUAAACUGCAUCUGAGUAAACUGGACCAGUGGAUAUUAUGUGAAACUCCCUGAAGCCAAAGACGAUUAUUCUACCAGUACUUUUUUUUUUUUUUUUUUUACAUAUCUGAAAUUGUUGUGAACUAUUUUCUCCUUUGGGUUUGAGUGAGAUAUUUUGUAAUGUGUCAUGUAACAAAAAAAUGAGAGAAAAUUACUAACGUCCUGUUUUUAUGUAGAUAUUUGUACUGUAAUGGUAAAUCAGUGAUUCUAAUUUCAAUCUGUUCAUCUGCUGCACACAGAAGGUUGAUUAAAACGCAUCAAUGAUCCGAAUAUCGGUUUGAAAUGAAGCGAGCUGCACAGGUAAUAAACUUGGAGAGCACUCAG